GGCCAAGUCAGACAUCCGCAGUUGAAGCACGUUCAUCUAGCUACCUUACGAAGGUCCGGUGACGUUAACGGAGUGCUUAACCUACUUCGGUAUCAUCAUAAAAAACAAACAACUCGGAAACGUGACAACUCGGCGGAAUAUCGACAACUACCAAUAAAAGCGGUUCUAGCUUCCCUGUGCAGCUCCGGCGAGUGACGUGCAGAUUUGUAACUGUCAUUGGGAGCGCCGUAUGAAGUCAAGACCUAAAGAAGAAAAAGAAAAGAAAUCGCGAGAUACUUGGAUUGAGCAUUUCGUGCCAUUGAACUUCCGGUUCCCUGAGCUACUGAAUGGGAUAGUCCACUGGGAAGCGAGGCGGUCGAAUCGUUCCGCUCCUGUGCUUGCGAGUGGAAGCUCGGCCAAGGAAGAGGAAAGAACCACUGGACUCGCAACAUUUUUUUUCGCGCACCCGAACCGUGAAUUGAGUGGCAUUUUGUGAAGUGCUGUAUAAGAAGUCUCUGGACAUUCCUGGACGUUUUCGAGGCGUAGUAUCAGAAUUGUUCUUUGACCGGUAAGAGAAAAAGAUAUUGAAAUUUCGACAGCUACAAGUUUUCUUUAAUAAUCGAAAAAGAAGAGAAGUAUUUAGCGUCUGUUCUGUGUCACGGGCAACUGAAUGCCGUAACUCCGGAACAGAACACCUUUGUAAUAGAUCAGACCUAAAGAAUCUUUCAAGAAAAAAAGUUACUUCUCAGAAAUAUCUAUACUCUUAACUAUCUGACACAAAUAAACUGUGAAUCUACGAUUCAAACGAACUUUGUUUCACGACCAAUAAACAACAGAAUUCGUCAUCAGGUGUUAGUCAGGAGAAAAAUAAAACUGAAGGAGAUAACCCCGCAAGGAAGUAUUUCUUGAUUAACUCUGAGGACUCCUACAAAAAACAAACAAAAACAUUUACUUCUGUAUAGUGAGAUCCGUAAUUCUCCCUGUAAACAUAUAACGUAAGAGAUACCGUGCGUUCUCAAUCAUCAGAAUUCAUAGUGUGGAUAAAAACAACACCGAAUUCGGAGUCGUAUUUCUUCCGUCGUGCGUCUCCUCGGACAAAUCACCGCUCUGUACGAAAUUCCCGUCGCCCACCUAGCGAGCCAGUUAUCUCAACCCGUCGGCCUGUCCACUCAUUCACCCGCCGCACCCAACGAUAUCUCUACUCAUCGUUCUGUCUCUCUCGCCCGCGGAAGAUAAGAUCGCCCGCCCUCUCUCUCUCCCUUCUCGGCACGUGCUUCGACUGUUGAGCGACGUUCUGGCCGGCGCAUUCCAACGCGCCGAUCCAGCGCCGCGGUUCCCAGAGGGCCGUGUGACGCCCUCGCAAUCCACACGAUCGAUACUCGCACAGCACGCCGAGCCGUGCGAGGCGCGAGGACAAGUCGAUAGUCGCCCGCCACGAACCACGGCCGCACGGGACAUUUCGCUUCCGAGGAAACACAAAAAAAGGAACUGUCGGAAAGAAGAAAACACUGCCACCUAGCGUCGUCUCAAAGCAAGUUCUCUGCUCGUAGAAGCGUGGAGAUAAAACAAGAAAUAAACAUUUUUGUUGUUGGUUGUUCCGCGUUGCGUGACGCUGAAGAACAGAAAAAAAAAUCGCUGGUUGAUCGUCGUUGAAAGAAGCGCUGUUUAUUUCUGUAGACGAAUCUCAACUGUAAGUUAGGAAUAAAAUAGUUGAUAGAGCAGUUUAUUUAAGAGUGAUGAAACGCGAAAAAAAACCAACUCUGAAGUUUUGUGACUGAAGGGUACGUUACGAUUUGAUUUAGAAGGUCGUCUAGUUUUGAUUCCGAGACGAUUAUAACCGUAAGAUCGAAGUAGGGAAUAUACUUCUUACGAAUUAGUGACUUCACGAAAAGGACUGUCGCAACUAAAUUGUUGUGCGAGUGUAACUUCAUUUCUCAAGAAGCAUCAAGUCUCGAUUCUGAGUGGCGAAUUACAAAAUAUAGCGAGUUAUUGCUCUCACUAUUCGUGAAGAAAAUAACGGCUUUACGUGUGUCGAAGAGUAUUUCUGAACUUAUAACCAAGAACAAGUUAAGAAAAAAAGUGUUCGGCGUGCUUCAGCUUUGAUAUCAAAGAAAUAUCUCUGAUCAUCUUUGACAUUUUUAUAGAAUUGAAUCUGUCGUCACAAGUUCGCCAUCCAUAUAGAAACCCACAACACGGGCGUUGCGAACUAAAGGAACUUGCGCAUCAGUUGCUAAAUCCGACGCAUGAGCACAGAGUGACACAAUGGAUAGGUUCCAGUAAAUGCUAUGAAUUGCUAUAUAAAGAGACUCGUGGAAUCAUUUAUCCAAAUAUUCCUGAACCUCGUAGUUCGUACAAAAAGCGUCACGGAGUUUAACAUUGAGAACCACCCGGGCAAAUUCAUCCGUAUGACAAGUGCCAAACCAGAAUACGUAAGUGCAGAAGUUCUGAUCUAGCUACGUUUCUAUCUUUGCGCAGUCUCGAAAGAUUUGGAAAACCUGAACAAUUCAUCCAGGCCCAAACCAGUAUAGAAGAAACAAGAAUAAAAAACAGUAAUCUUCCGUGAGAAUACUCAAGAAGCCUAAUAUAAAUACGCUUCUCUUCCGAAACUGUUCGUAGAUUUGGAGAAUCCAAAAAAAUCCUCACAGACCCCGAAUACACAAGUACAGACGCCGUGAUCGGCAGCUUCCAUCCUUCCCGGAAAGUGCAAAACCCUUGGAAGAUUUGCCGCGAGCGUGUAAGAAGCAAAAGAAACCGAGCUCGGUUCGAGUGAUAGUGGCGCGAUCCGGCGCUUUAUCUCCAGGCCUGUCCGCCUCCGAACAAGUGCAGCGUUGUGAGCGCAAGGCCGGCUUCUGUCCGAGUGCGGCCCCAUUACAGGCGCCUCGCUGGGGACGAGGUGCGUUCUGCAGGGCUGGCACGUUGCUUCACCGCGCCGCUGAAUGCGUGAAUGUUUGUGCAACGUCGGCCGUCUGCCGGCGGCCGGUCGGGAGUGCUGAAUUGCAGCGUUCGUUCCCGGCUCAUAUACUACCUCCUAAGAAACGCCCCGAAUCGCAGAACCUAUUAGGGAGCCGUUCGGAAUCUCUGAAACCAUUACGAAUGACAACCAUGUCUAUGCGCAAUCGUCCAGUGACUAGUUUCGCCUGCCGGAGUGAGUGCUGGUAAAUCGCGUCGCGAAGUGUCGAGUGCGCGCUCCGCCAUGUUGCCUCCGAUGUCGGAGGACCCCGAAGGGGACGCGCUGGUCAUCCUCAACAACAUCCACAACAACAACAAUAACAACAUUAACCACCACCACCACCACGUGGGGAAGGCGGCGGCGCCCCGGCUGUUGACGCGCAGCGCGAGCGGCAACAACAACAGCAACACCGCCAGCAGCAACGGCAGCGCCAACUGCAGCAACGCGUCCUCGCCGGGCGGCGGCGGCCGCUACGCAGAGAUCGGCGUGUGGAAGCUACGGUUUUGUUUAGGAACGGAAAUUAGUUACAUUUAUCAAGGGAACGGAGUUAAAGCUACAAAAUAUGCAAAGAAUGUUGUAAACAGGAAAUGCCACUUCCAAGUAACAGAGUAUUUCUUUCCUCAUGGAGCAUACGCGGAUGCAGCAUUAAGUUUAGAAAAAAACUGGAAUAUGAAAUAUAAGAACUGA